GUUUUCCAUGCUAGAUAUCUAUCACCUCCUUCAAGCAAUUAGGCAUAUAUAGAAAUUCCAGUUUGCUUCAAACAAACAAAUUUUGUGUUUUUGCUUUCAAUUGAUAAAAAUGGCCACUCACUUCAUCCUCGUAGCCAUAGCCAUUAUGGCCUUGGCUUCUACACUUGCCUCUGCUUCUGACCCAAGUCAACUACAGGACUUUUGUGUUGCUGUCAAAGACACCAAAUCUGCUGCUUUUGUGAAUGGCAAGUUCUGCAACGACCCAAAGCUCGCCACAGCCAAUGACUUUUUCUACUCUGGCCUCCUCACUCCACAAAACACAUCUAAUCCAGUUGGAUCGACAGUCACUCCUGUAAAUGUCAUGCAAAUACCAGGCCUUAAUACUCUUGGCAUCUCCUUAGCUCGCAUCGACUUUGCACCUUAUGGCCUCAACCCACCCCACACACACCCUCGCGGAACUGAGAUCCUUGUGGUCUUGGAAGGUACUCUUUAUGUCGGCUUCGUGACCUCCAACCCUGACAACCGUCUCUUCACAAAGGUCUUGUACCCAGGAGAUGUUUUUGUGUUCCCACAAGGUCUCAUUCACUUCCAGUUUAAUCAGGGAAAGACUAAUGCCGUAGCUCUUGCUGGCUUGAGCAGCCAAAAUCCUGGUGUCAUUACCAUUGCUAACGCAGUGUUUGGGUCAAAUCCAAAAAUUUCUGAUGAUGUUCUUGCUAAGGCAUUCCAAGUGGACAAGAAAGUGGUAGACCAUCUUCAAGCUCAAUUCUGGUGGCCCAACAACUAGAGAAAUAAACAAAAAGAAAGUACCCACAUGAAUCUAUUGUUUGUUAAACUUUAAAUAGAUAUGAUUCAAUAUAGCAUGAAUAAGUGUGGGUUGUUUGUGGAUGAUUUCCUUAUAAUUGUUUUCCUAUAUUUUUACAAUAACAAAGUUUGCUAAAUAAUACUUUC